GACGCCCACAUUUAACCUGCAGGUGGAGGCCAUCGUCAGCCUCAGCUGCUGUCACAGAGGAGGUUAUGAUGGGAUGUCAUCACUGAACAGAUCUGUUUGGCCAGCCGCUCCAGUGACCUCUGACCUUGCUGCAGAACAAACAUGUCCGUCAUACAAGCAGUUCAUGGAGUACAAAAAAUCUAAAUCCAAAGAGCGUCAGGCCUUCAGCUGUGGAGCAAAAUUAAAACUCAAGCAACAGAGUAAACCUGUCAAGAUCAAUAUAGGAAUAAUGGUGUCACAACAAACGGACUUAAAACCGGUAAGAGGGAAAACACUGCCCUUAUCUAUUAGCCCCGAAAUUACAGCCCCUGACCUCCUGAAGCAGGCUGUAGAAAAAAUGAGAGCAUUCAACAAGGACUUGGUGGAGGGACCAUAUGUCCUUUUGUAUCCCGACUGCACAGAGGUGAUAAAUGUGCCUGGGUCAGAAAGGCCAUUCCGAUUGGCAGACUACAAAGAGGAAAUAGGAAAGAACUACAACAGGAUUUCUCUUUUCAUUUGCCCAGAGAGCCACUUCAAACAAGCUCUGAUUGCAGAGGAUGGUACCUCAGACUCAGACCCUGAGAUUGUGAUUACAUCAAGAAGCACAGCUGAGUUCAACCAGGCAGACACAUUGGUUUUCAAACCACAAGACCAGAGUACCCCUAAUGGUAAACAUGCAGAGAAGGAAUUUAAAGAGGGUCUUUCAGCACUUAAUUUCCUGAGUGCACUCCAGCAACACCCUACUUUGCUUUCCCCGGUCCUGUGUCACAUGGAAAAGAAACUCACAGCUCUUGAACUUGAGAGACUUUUCAAACCUGACUUCAGCCCAUCUGGAAGUAACAGGAGACGUCUGGAAAGUCAAACUGUGGGCUACUGGUCAGACUAUCUGCUUGACUGUGAAGAAUCACAAACUGCUGUGUCGGUGGGCGAUGUUCUGAUGUUUGCAACUGGGCUAACAUCACUGCCACCUUCUGGAUUAGAUCCACUACCAAGCCUACAGUUCCUGGAUGACUCUUUAUUCCCGAUGGCAAAAACAUGCUUAAACUUAUUGAAACUACCAAUGAUAACCUCAUAUUCCGUGUUUAAAUCCAACAUGGAUUUUGGAAUUCAAAACUCUCCAGGAUUUGGAUGUUUCUAGGAUGUCUGGCCUUGUAGUUCAAACCUGCUGUUGAUUUGUUUCUCAAGUUUUUAAGUCAAGAUUUUUUUUAAAGAUGUUAUGAAUAGGAGAAGGUGGGACAUGCUGGUGGUACAGCACAAAUCCAUUAUAGUUUACCAGGUUUAUUGUAGUUUUAUUAGAUAACCCAGUCACUUACAGCUGCUUCUUCUUGGCAUUACAUUGUAAAUUCUGUAGGUUUUUUGCUACGGGACUUAUCCAGAAAUCAGUUAUGUAUUUGAGCAUGUUUUUUAUUCUAAAAUGUAGGUACAUAUGUUCAAAGGAGAUUUAAAAUCCAAUGGCUUGACUUGAUUUGUUCAAAGGUUUGA